AUGCCUUGUCUUAGUAAUUGUAAGCAACAAGUGGCAACCAGACAACGAAAUAAAAAUGGUCAUUUUUCUGAACUUCAAGAGCAACAACCGGAAUUAAUAGAGAAUGUUGAUGGUCAAAUGCAAAAAGUUUUAGAAGAAACAUGUUUAGAGGAUUUGAAUGAUCAUUGCAAAAUUUCUAAAUCGAACAAUUCUUAUGGUGCUUAUGAACAUAUACAACUUUUGAGUUUAAGCCAGUAUUGUCAAUUGUGUUUAAAUGGAAUGGGAAAAAUGGAUGCAAGUUUGCAGGUUGCAAAAAAUUUUUGGAGAAAAGGAGACUACAUGUCACAUUGUAUUAGAGCUCGAGAAAAUUAUUUUUUUCAUAAUGGCAAGCUUCCUGACCAUCAACCAGAUAAUAAUAUUAAUGAAUUUUUUGAAACAAUUGAAAAUUAUUGCGCGUGA